UGCUGUUAAGUAACACCCUUUCAAGAAUCUAGAAACAUCCCUGCGCUUCCACGUCCGGUCAAGCUAGUUCCCGCGACGUCGCGUUCCACUACGUCAUCUAUCACUAUAAUUAAUCGCCAUCUCACCUCACCGAACGUAAAGUCGUGGGAUUAUUCGAUAAUUGCUGCCAUGGCACCGCAUAGCCUAUUAGACGGCCACGAGGAUGGUCCCGUCGGCAACGGAUUCUCGCACAACGGUUCUCAUGCCGAGUCGAACGCACAACUAAGCAACGGUGUCUCAUAUACCCAGUCGCACCUGAAGAGGACGGCGCCAGAGAGCGUGCAUGAUUUAGUCUGCGUCGGAUUCGGGCCCGCCAGCCUCGCGGUCGCGGUCGCUCUACACGAUUCCAUCGACCGCGGGAACCUCUCGAAAACGGGAGACGCAUCGCCGCCGAAAGUCCUCUUCCUGGAAAAGCAGCCGCGUUUCGCGUGGCACGCCGGGAUGCUCCUCCCGGGCGCGAAGAUGCAGAUAUCAUUCGUCAAAGAUAUGGCAAGCUUGAGGGAUCCGACUUCGCAAUUCACCUUCCUAAACUACCUCCACAAGAACGGCCGCCUCGUCGAAUUCACUAACCUUAACACGUUCUUGCCUGCGAGAGUCGAAUACGAGGACUACCUCCGAUGGUGCGCGAGUAGCUUCGACGACGUCGUCCGCUAUAAUACGGAAGUCGUCUCAGUCUCUCCCGACAAGGUUUCAGAAUCCGCAGGUUCGGUCUCUACCUUCACAGUCACGUCGAAGAACGUUAAAACGGGUGCCUUGACGAGCUACAAGGCCAGGAAUGUCUUGUUGGCCAUCGGCGGGCAGGCCUCGAUUCCGAAGUGCCUUCCUUCAAACCACCCUCGAGUAAUCCACUCUUCCCAAUACUCUCAUCUCGUGCCGCAGAUCCUCGACAAGCGAGAUUCCCCUUACCGCGUAGCCGUGGUCGGGGCGGGACAGAGCGCGGCCGAGAUCUUUAACAACGUCCAGACUCUCUACCCGAAUUCUCGGACGUCGCUGAUCAUGCGAUCCGAGUUCCUCAAGCCUAGCGACGAUUCGCCUUUCGUCAAUUCUAUCUUCAACCCGUCGUUCGUGGACUCUCUAUAUCAGAGAUCUGCCGAGAGCAGACAUUCCUUGUUAGAAGGUGCGCGAAGCACCAACUAUGGAGUGGUGCGCCUAGAACUUAUCGAGCGCCUUUACGAACGGAUGUACGACCAGAGACGGGAGAUCGGUAGCGACGAGCGGAAGUGGCCGCAUCGCAUCCUAAACGCUACCGACGUCGUCGGCCUCGACACGAAGGCGGACCAGCUGCGACUCACCGUCCGCCCUCUAGAUCCGACAAAGCAAGACAACUAUAGAUCGAGCGAGAACGGCCUCGGAAAUAGCGCGGAUGAGGUCCUAGACGUAGACCUCGUCAUCGCAGCAACCGGCUACCAGCGACAAUCUCAUCUCACCAUGAUGGAAGACGUGGCCGACCUGUUGCCUAAAGCCGACGAGUCGAACGGAGCUCCUGCGAGAGGGGGAUUCGGGUCAAAAUUCUCCGAAUCCAGGAUCAGAGAUCACGCAUUACGAGUCUCACGCGAUUAUAGCGUUCAAUUCGCCCCCGGGAAAGUAUCAUCGGGAUCCGGCAUUUGGCUUCAAGGAUGCUGCGAGGGAACGCACGGGCUGAGCGAUACCUUGUUAUCCGUGUUAGCCACCCGCUCCGGAGAGAUCGUCAACUCGAUAUUCGGCGAGAGAGCAUAAGCUCCUAAAAUAACAUUCCAUCCGAACGAACGUCGUCUACGGCGAAUCGUGAUACAUAGUACAUAGAUAUGCAUAGUAGUAUUUUUCCAUAGAGACCGCCGGAGAGACUGAGAUACGGCAAAGAGAGUCGAAAGCGAUAUAUUUGCAUCGAGACACCGGGGUAACGCACGUCUUGUUUGGGCGGCAUCUAAGCCUCACGGUGAAAAAGUUCUGAGAUAGGGCAGUCACAUACCAUUUUGCCCGUAGGUAGUAAUAAAAUAUCAGUUUGGUUCACGAGCAGUUUAGCCUGGCGUACGAUGCCAUAUUCCUUGUAAGAUGUCAUUAUUUACCAAGGAACUUGGUUACCUACCUUGUACAUACCUGAG